AUGCUUGGCAAGUCCGCCAGUUUGAUGAUGUCUUCUUCACCAUGUGGGGUUUUGGGCUGCCCAUGUGAAAACUACAUGGGGGACGAGGAAAAGCGGCAUGAAAAGAAGUGCAAGGACUGCAAGCACAAGGGAAGCCUGCACGUGGCGCCAAGGCUGACAUCAGGUGAAGUGCCGUUCCCUGGCUACUGGAAGAAUCAUGAUGGGGACUUCAACGAACUCAUUUCCAUGACAGGAAAGCUCGAUGAGUGGCAGAAGCUCUUGGAAGAAACAUAUAGGAAAGCAUACACGAAAGACCGUGGAAAGCACAAUCCAACAAAUCCCAAGGUCCCAUCGGGCUUUGAGGUGGUGAACGUGAAGCGCAAUGAGAACAAGAAUUCUUGGCAGGAGUAUGCGUGUCGCCGUGGCGAUGUCUUGGCCAGAGAGGAGCCGCCGGAGCUAUUUGCAGACGUAAAGACCAGCGUGGCAAUGGAAAAGAUCGGGGGAGCCAAGGCGAACCGUCUUCACUCAGAGUGCAAUGAGUGGUAUCUCUUUCAUGGGACCAACCCUGCGGCUGCCGAAGCCAUUUGUCAGACCGAUUUCAAGGUCAGUCGGGCUGGAUCAAGCACUGGCACACUUUACGGUAAAGGACUGUACUUUGCUGAGUCCAUCACAAAGGCUGAUGAGUAUGCGAAGCCGAACGGUGAUGGCCUGUAUGCGGUGCUGGUUUGCCGGGUUCUCGGGGGCAAAGUGCACUACACCGAUGAGGUGUCUCCCGAUCCUGAGGCACUUGUGCAGUCCUGCAUCGAGGGUCCUUACGAUUCCGUAUGUGGUGACCGAGAAAAGACUCGUGGCACCUACAGGGAGUUCGUCCUCUUCGACUCGGAAGACGUGUAUGUGGAGUAU